AUGUCGGCCCCGCUCGUCAAACUCCUGCAUCGCCUGCAGGAGCUUUUCCACAACGUGGUCUCCGCUCUCGAAACCAUGAUCCUCUUCCCAUCGCUGUUCCGCGGGUUCUCGCACCGGCGGCGCAAGCCAUUCUUAGGCGCCCACUGGCGGCGUCGAACGCUGGACGAUUUCUCCGACGAGGUCGACUCGCUCUUUACCACCCCGCUCUCCACGCCCAAGAUGCUCGAGAUGUCGGAGAAGAUCCGCGCGCAGUUCCGCCAUUGUCUGCAGAACAGCCCCGUCUGCAUGCUGCCCUCGUACAACCACGCACUGCCAACGGGAUCCGAGACGGGCACAUUCCUGGCGCUGGAUGUGGGAGGCUCGACCUUCCGGGUUGCGCUGAUUGAGCUGCAUGGGCGGGAGGAGGAUAUGCGUAUUGUGAAGGAGGCGUCCUCGUACAUUGAUAACAGCGUCAAGUUACUGGCGGGCACGCAAUUCUUUGACUGGAUGGCUGGGCACAUCGAGACGAUGCUGAAGGAAGUGGGCACGGAUUAUGGACGUGGUGAGGCGGCCCUGCCUAUGGGGUUGUCGUGGUCGUUCCCGAUCGACCAGACCUCCAUGAGCAGCGGGUUGAUGAUUCACAUGGGCAAGGGCUUCCACUGCUCGAAUGGCACGGUUGGACAAGAGCUGGGCGGUCUGCUAAUUCAGUCUUGUCGUAAGCGCGAUCUGAAUGUGGCCAUGGCAGCCAUUGUGAACGAUAGCUCUGCGGCUCUGCUGUCGCGUGCCUAUGUGGAUCCGAAGACCCGUAUGUCGCUUAUCCUAGGAACCGGCACCAACAUGGCCAUUCAUUUCCCCGUGCAUGAGAUCGGGCGCAGCAAGUUCGGCGUGCGUCCCGACGGUUGGUUCGACUACGCCAAGCACGUUAUUAUCAACAGCGAGAUGAGUAUGUUUGGAGGCGGUGUGCUUCCCAUCACUCGGUGGGAUGAUGUGCUGAACCGCACACACUUGCGCCCGGACUAUCAGCCUCUCGAGUAUAUGAUUACGGGUCGGUACCUCGGAGAGAUUGUGCGCUUGAUCAUCGUGGAAGCGGUCGAGACGGCCGGUCUCUUCGGGGGCGAGCUGCCGCAUUCCAUGCGCGAGCCCUACUCGUUUGACACCAGCAUCGUCGCCUUCCUCGAGGAAGACUCCUCCGUCUCUUUGUCGGCAUCGGCCGCCCUUCUGCAAAAACAACACACCUUCCCCAGCUACCCCUCGGUCGAGGACCUGCGCUUCCUCCGACGCGUUUGCCAGGUUGUCUCCCGCCGUGCCGCAGCCUACCUCGCGACCGCUAUCCACAGCAUGUGGUGUCUGCGCAAUGACGUGGAGUUCCCGAUCACGACCUCCGUCUCUGACUCGCUCGUCAAGGAAUCCCCCGAGAUCACUGUUGUUGAAAGCGGCGAGUCUGCCAAGACCAUAUCCAUCGCCUGCGACGGCACCGUCAUCAACAAGUACCCCGGCUUCCGCGAUACCUGCCAGGGCUUCUUGGACCAGCUGUCCGCGCAAUCGCACCAGACCAUCGGCUCCACGAUCCGCCUGGAUCCCGCGCCGGAGAGCGCAAUCCUCGGCGCCGCGGUGGCCGUCGCCGUCGCUGUGGCAGAGAAGUCCGAGCAGCGGUAG